GCGCGACUGGGAUGUCACUUUACGGCACGGAAGCUGCGCGAGCUGGCGAAACUGAGGAAAGCUAAACUAAGCAAGUUGCCGGGUGACAACAUUUGACUGAUAACCACGCUGUGUUCAUAUGUGGCCUUUUCAACAUAUCGAUCGCUGAGCGGAAGUGUAAUUUGUCAUCUUGAGCUCCAAAUAUGUCCUAAAGACGUUGGGGGACAGCCAGAGUGAUGUCUUCCAAAGAGAUGGAGUCUCCCAUCCAAGCCAUAAACAUCAGUCAGUGUGACUCCGCCCCCCUGCUGUGGCAUACAGACGAAGUGGCCGCCGCACGCUCCCUUGGCCUGGUGGGAGCGCUGCUGGGCUCACUCCCGCGCACCCCCCGGCAGAAUGUGCGUCUGGGACGGCCGUUGUUGUUGUUGCCAGAGGAGGAGCGAUUUCUGGGUGAGAGUGGCGCCCUCACAACUAUUUCGCAAUCGGAUGUGAGCGCACAGGAGCACGCCCACCAGGUGGUGCUCUAUGAGGAAACUCUGGAGCGAAGCUACCAGGAGCAGCAAGUCCUCGCUCUUCAAGACAGGAAGGCGGCUGUGGUACGUGCACUCAACUCGUCUCGACCAGGGUCUGAGGUCGACUGCGAGGAGGACAAGCGGCGCCACUUGGAGACUCUAGAGCGUCACUUCAGCUUCAAGCGCUCCGCGCUGAUGGUCCAGCUGAAUACAGCCAGGGUAGGGCCGGCCCACCUUUCGGCAGGGCCAGCCUCUUGUGCCAUCCGCACGCCCGCCGCCGACGCCAAGUACCAGGUGUUCUUGGAUCUGAGGCGGCGGGGCUUCUACCUGACCUCGGCUGGAAAGUUUGGUGGUGAUUUCCUGGUCUAUCCUGGUGACCCUCUGCGCUUCCACGCGCACUUCAUCUGCGUGUGCGUGCGCGCCGACGAGAGCGUGCCCCUGUUGGACCUCCUGGCAGCCGCUCGCCUGGGUUCCAAUGUCAAGAAGACGCUGGUCUUGUGUUCGCCUCACUGCCACGGUGGCGGCGUGACGUACUCGUCGCUCCAGUGGAGCGGAAUGAUCUGAUCUGAUUGGACAGCGGGACUGAUACGUCCUGGCUGUUCCUGGAGAGUACUGUUCUGCUCACUUCAGCAACAUUCCCUCUCUCAUUGUGGGCAGCAGACUUUUGUAUUCCUCAGUUUAGAACCGUAGAGGCAUCAGAUACGAAUGAGCCGACUGCAAAACCGAUGGAGUAAAAAACAAUUGCAAGGAUUUUGAGGAAAGAAGACAUGGGCAGGAUUGGUCAUUUCAUGGGCAAUCUCCAAAUCUUUGUCUCAUCAGACCACAGAAUUUUCUUUCUCGUGCCCUGAGAGUUCUUCAUGUGCCUUUUGGCAUACUCCAGGCAGGAUGAAAUGUGUCGUUUACAUAGGUGUGGCCACGGUGCCAUACAGGCCUGACUGGUGGAGCGCUGCGGAGAUGGUUCUCCGUCUCUUUGUUCACAUCUGAAUGACUCCUGCCAAACGAAAUGAAGCAAUUAAUUCGGAUUCACUGGCAGAGCCCGAUGUAGAUAUGCGUGUUUUUUUUUUUAUCUAAAUGCCAUCUCAAAUCUAAAUGUGUUUUUCUUUACAUAUAAUCUCUCCCGA